AUGAUUAUAUUGCUAUUGUUGAAGCUCCCUUCUUUUUCUUCUCCUUACUUUCUUCCUUCUUUAUUGCUUCGUUUCAUAUUAUUAUUAUUAUUUGUUUCGUGCAAAACAAAGGCUGUGGUGAAAUUGCCACCAAAUGUUUCAGUCCCAGCAGUGUUAGUGUUUGGAGAUUCGAUCAUGGAUACGGGCAACAACAACAACAACUUGCUAACAACUGCUCGGUGCAACUUCCCACCAUAUGGUCAAGAUUUUGAAGGAGGGAUCCCAACUGGUCGAUUUGGAAACGGAAAGGUUCCAUCAGACCUUAUAGUUGAAGAAUUAGGCAUCAAGGAGCUUCUACCAGCAUACUUGGAUCCAAAUCUUAAAUCUAGUGAUUUGGCCACUGGUGUGUGCUUUGCGUCCGGUGGCGCCGGAUACGAUCCUUUGACAUCACAAUUAGCGUCGGCUAUACCUUUAUCCGGUCAACUAGACCUGUUCAAAGAAUACAUAGGGAAGUUAAAAGGACUUGUUGGAGAGGACAGAACAAACUUCAUCUUAGCCAACAGUCUUUUUUUUUUGGUAUUAGGCAGCAACGACAUUUCCAACACCUACUUCUUGUCUCGUGUUAGACAACUGCAAUAUGAUGUUCCUUCUUACACUGACCUUAUGGUCAGAUCAGCUUCUAAUUUCUUGAAGGAAAUUUAUCAAUUAGGGGCACGAAGGAUUGGAGUGUUCAGUGCUCCACCAAUUGGGUGUGUGCCAUUUCAGAGAACCGCGGCUGGAGGAAUAGAAAGAAAAUGCGUAGCACAGUACAACGACGCAAUAGAAUUAUUUAACAGCAAAUUGUCAAAUGAGCUGGAUUCUCUUAACCAAAAUUUUCCCAACAGCAGGAUUGUUUACAUUGAUGUUUACAACCCUCUCCUUGAUAUCAUUGUAAACUACCAAAACUAUGGCUAUAAAGUCGGAAACAGAGGGUGUUGUGGCACGGGCACAGUAGAGGUAGUAUUCUUAUGCAACCUUUUGGUUCCCCGGUGUCCAAAUGUUUUGGAGUAUGUGUUUUGGGACAGUUUUCAUCCUUCGGAAAGCGUUUACAGAAAGCUCGUAGCUCCUAUUCUUCGAAAAUAUAUGUACGAUUUCAUAUGA